AUGGACCCUUCACUCGCACAACCAGACCACACGUCGUCCAUCGGCCAGCUGAGUGCCCAGUUUGCCGACCAGAAGAGGGCGAAGAGUCCACCGCUCGCUUUCGAACCCACCUCCAACGACUCCCUCGCUGCACCCAUCCACCCCGACAGCAAUAUCCCUUCGCCCAAGCGAGGAGCAACCAGCAGCAUGGGUCGGUUCAGUCCAUCGCGGCAGAGUGGUGAGCAGGGAGAGUCCCGGAACAUCAUCGACCAGCAGACGCUGGUUAUCAACAGGCUGCAUGAGGCCUUUGCCGAGGAGAGGAAGAUGUGGGAUCUGGAGAGGACGAGGCUGUACAAUCGCAUCGCCAAUCUCGAGACGCUGCUGUUGAGAGCUGGUGGUAGCUAUAGCCCAGCCAAGUCGCCAAUACUCUCUCCUCUCGGUGUAGAUAUGACUUCACCCUCGACGAGAGCAACGAGCGGUUCCAACAGGCUACCUAGCAUCGCCGAGGAUGAGAACAGCGACCCGUUGUCAGCGAGGCGAGACGGCGUACCGCAGUCUAUCGAUCUACCCACAAUCACCAACGACUCCUUUGACCGCCGGAGCUCUGUCAACUUCGCAGAAGCCACACCGACAUCCGUCAAAGUCGAAGAAAUCCCCACCUCGCCCGCUCCUACCAACCAAACGCUAUCCCCACCGCCUUUCAGUUACCGCGUGGAAGCCGGCCACACUCCUCUCAGAGGUCCACGUCCAGCCACUCCACCCCCAAAGAACAGCAUGUCGAUGGACGGCAUCGACGACACACCGACGCGCAACAACACCCACAUCAACACCCUGCUCACCCAAAGCAACGACGAUGAUUCGGGCAAAGGACUCACUGGGCCACUGAAUAUGCCAGAGCUGCCACAUGUCCCUAGCGAGGCCAACUUCACCUUUGACAUGCUUUCGAAGAGGUUGGAGCAGAUCGAGCAGCACCCUGAGCAGUCCGAAGCGAAGCCGUUCGUGUUCAAACAACCCAGCCCAGGCUUGGCGUCUCCGGCAGAAGACGAGUAUGAGUUCAGCCCGAAAACUGUCGAUCCACACGCACAUGAGCGUCCAUCAGCACCACCCGCCACUCGUGCCUUCGCACCGCAAGACUCCAGCAUGUCCGAGAUACCUUCCAACGCCCUCUCGAAGCAGACAAGUCACGAUGAUCAAGUACAGGCAGAGUUCGAGAGCGGCGGCAUCAAGUUGAAGAAGAAGCCGAGUGUCAACUUUGGCGCACCAUUCGGGCAGCUGGGCGGUUUCGGCUCGAGAAAACAGUCGUAG